UAGCUCAUAGUUGAAGCACCGGUAUGGAUUGCCUAUAUUGUGAUAUUCCGCGAGCGCUUUUCUCCCCAGCACUCGAUACCAGUGUGAUCGCUGCCAUCCGUAAAGAACGAUCUCGGGAUGCGGCCCGGUCCAGGCGCGGCAAGGAGAACUACGAGUUCUACGAGCUGGCCAAGCUUCUCCCGCUUCCGGCGGCCAUCACCAGCCAGCUGGACAAGGCCUCCAUCAUCAGGCUGACCAUCGGGUAUCUUCACAUGAGGCACUUCUGCAUCCAGGGGGAUCCUCCUUGGCACAACUACCCAGAGAACAUCUCGACACCUACCAAUUCUUCCAGGCAUCUCUCGGUGUUACAAGGGCGUUAUCCACAUGUCCAGUCAGGAACCAAUGCCAUUGCAAGAGAAGUGUAUGAACACCAUCUCGGAAGCCAUAUAUUACAAAGCUUAGAUGGAUUUCUCUUUGCAUUAUAUAGAGAUGGAAGGUUUCUUUACAUCUCGGAGACCGUCUCAAUAUAUCUAGGACUCUCACAGGUAGAGUUGAUGGGUUGCUCAGUCUUCGACUACGUGCAUCCCGGCGACCACGCGGAACUGGCCGAACAGCUCGGGAUGAAGCUUCCGCCCAAUAAGACGUCCUCGUCCCCCUCCAGUGCCAAUGCCGAUGGUAACUCUACCAGUGGUUCCGCUGCCGGUAGUCCUGCUGCGAUAGGACCAUCAACCAUCCAGGAUGAUGUAACUCUGAACAUGACAGCAACAUCAGACAGAAUGGAGAGAUCAUUCUUAAUAAGGAUGAAAUCAACUCUUACUAAACGAGGCGUCCACUUCAAAUCUUCAGGUUAUAAGGUGAUUCAUGUAACAGGUGCCCUCCGUCCCGAGAUUAGUCUGUCACAGUACAACCACCAUCCUCCCAACGUCCUUGGCUUCGUCGGUGUUGGGUACUCUCUACCGCCCCCUACCAUCAGCGAGGUUCGUCUCGACCCCACCAUGUUCAUGUGUAAGGUGGACCUGGACUUUACCAUUACUUUCUGCGAGGCCAAGAUUGGUGAUUUUCUGGACCACUCUGCAGACAGCAUUAUUGGUAAAAGCUUCUACAGUUAUAUUCAUGCUCAGGAUAUUGCCAAUGUGCGUUCAAGCCACCAAGAUUUACUGAACAAAGGACAGACUAUCACCAAAUACUACCGUUGGAUGUUGGUGGAAGGAGGCUAUGUUUGGAUCCAAACUACAGCAACACUCUGCUAUGCGAAAAACUCAAAUGAUAGCUCAUUUAUCUUCAUAAACCAAGUCCUUAGUCAUGUUGAACAUGGUAACAUUGCUAUGGAUAUAAGUCAGAUUCCAUCAUUAGCCUCUGAUGAACAUAUAGAACUCUUAGGAACAUCACCGACAAGAAAUAAAACGUCACCAUGCCGUCAUUCAGGAGACGAGGCUGAUGGAGUCUCAGACCAGCAGUUAAGAAUAGUUGGGGAUAGCAACAAUAACAGCAAGGGACACCAAGGUCUGCCAGAGGGAAAAGCAAGAAAGCGCCCUCAGAGUCCCGAAAGGAGAAAGAGUAAAAAACAGCGUGGUGCUCAGAUCACAAGGAAUGAACCCACUGGUAACCAUAGCGACAUAGAACAUAAAUCUGAGAUAAGUGGGAGAGAGAGCAAAAGGAAAGCUAAUUCAAGACUCCUUGCACAGAAGCCUAAAGCCACACCCGAUGUUAUCCCUAAGCAAGUUAUCAUCAGGUCGGACAGUCCAAAUGAAAAGACUCUGACUGUCCUUGGUGAGAGAGGGGACUUCAGAGAGUCCGAAGACUAUGCUAAGAGGAGUAAAGAGCGAUUGCAACAUACUGAAGACGUCGUCAAGGAAGUGAUCGAGGACAAAGGGAUCCAUCAUUCACCACCGGCAAUGUCUCCUAUAAAUCACAUGCAGGCUUCAUCUUCCUUGUUAGCUCUUAGUGUCAGGAAUGCAAGCAGGCACGAUGAAGAAGAUAUUGUCCGGGUGCCAACAGGAAGCUGGGAGAACCCUCCAAAUCGAGAACUGCCUCCGGAUCAUAACGGAAUGAUCCCAUCACCGGACACUAAUCACACCCGUCUCAGUCUGGCCCCUAUGAACACAGUGCCCAAGGGGGUCUUUACCACCCCCAGUCCCAAGACUCCUGACUCUCUUCUUACCCCUCCUCUAUCAGACUCGGCCAAGAAUCAGUUCUCUCUGCCUCCUGUAAGCUCACUGACAUCGCCCAAAGCCAGACCAACAAACACUGACAGUAUUACCCCAAUCUUCACCACCGAGAGUUCAAUCAGUCGAUAUAUAUCACCAUCUAGCAGCAAGCACGAGACGGUGUAUCCAAUCCCUUCGCCGUUGACCCAGAACCCAUCUGUAGAAAGCUUAGACUCCAUGAGAAACAUGGUCAAACAGGAACCCAGUUUCUACAACGCUCGUAUGUUGGGCGUGCCAUCAUCUUACACCAACAUGGCUGCGUAUGCCAACUAUGGACAGUACAAUAAUCUUCAACAUUACAACGCUACCGUGAACCUGACAUCCAGGGCCUAUCAAGCCGCUGCAGCCAGUUAUGAUGCUUCUAUGUACAAGAACUACCAUACCACCCCUGAUCUACCCAUAGAUCUAUCGUAUAACGGUGUGACAGGUAUCCCUAUCAUGUCGCCAGCUAAUGGACCAUACUUCCCAGCCGCUUCUAGACUCCAAUACAACAUCACAGACGGACAGCUCAGCUUGAACUGUGACAAGACGGGACUGGACAAAUCAAAGACACCAUCGGUUUAGCUAACGUAGAAACAGAGAUAUCCUGUGUACGAGUGUGUGUCCACAUGUUAUUCAGACUACAGCAGUAUUACCCAGAGAAUUCUAAAGAAAUUUGUCAUGUUAUAUCUGACGAAAAGCGAUGUGAGAUGACAGAACAAAGGAUACAUUAAGCAUCCAAUUGCCAAAUUUUUUUGUAAAUAUUGAGAUCUAAUCUUUUAUUGACUGAAUUUUAUCUCUGUAAGUCAGGAAGUUUUAUUUGUUGUAUGUGAGCAUUCGAUCACCUUUUCACAUAUCCAUCAUGUUUAGAUACAUACUUGAUCCAUUAUCUUGAUGUUGAAUUUGUAGGUUUAAUUGUAAGGGAAAGGGUUUCUUUACAAAAGUCUGUGCCUCCUCUUUCCUUGGUUUUUAAACAGGAAUCAAUCAUUUAUUCCUGUUUUAUUUCUUUUUUUCUGCUUAGAGAAAAAAAAUGGGAGUCUGAGAUUUCCUCUUUCUCGUCAUCCCACAUGCAACUGAUCACUGAUGGUCUGUUCUUGCUGUGGCUCAAAACAGAAAUCCCACUUAGCGUCUUUACCUGUUUAAUCCUCUAGAUUGCCUCGGCUUAAUCUCUUACGCAUCUGACCAAUGGGUUUUUCUUGAUGUGGCUUUAAUAUUAUUCGUAAUUCCAAAACACGUAAAUUGCCUAUACCUUGAUGUUCGUUAAUCCGAAAAUGUUAAAGGGUUCGUUUGUGGCGUUAUUCCGAAGGUUCGUUAAUCCGAAGGUUUGUUAGUCUGAAAACAAAUUACUAACCUCAUUUACAAAAGUAUGCGUUAUUUUCUGCAUACAUUCAACAAUAGGGGAUUGGGAGUGUCUCAGUAGGUGGUGCUGCACCAGCCAGCUCGAGUUUGCUCAAUCUCGAGAUUUUAGCCUGAUCGGCCCUCUUUGCGAUUAAUUUCGAGAUUCAAGAAAUCUUGUCUCCACCAUUGCAAGAAGAGCGAUUCCUGCUUGAGCAAGGCAUCAAUGCAUCAUGGUCUGACGCUGUGAAUAAAUAAUUGUGAGUGUAUGUGCACCUGUGAAUUAGCGGGAUAAUUCGUAGAAUAGCGUGAUAUUUUGCAAACAAUCCCAAGUUGACUUGGGAUUGCAAUCUCGAGAUCAAUCCAGUGAACUAGCACUAUAAUUGCAUCUCCAUUACAAAUAAUCUCGAGAUUGUUCAGAUCAGGAUAAUUUACUGGAUCAGAAAUAGCGCGUUAAUUUGAAAACUCGGGCUGGUGCAGAUAGCCCUAGUGGAAUUCUGCACUCUGCACGUUUUCCACUUAAUCCCCUUCUUUUUUGUUUUGACAAAGGAAUGGGAGAUUGAGAUUGUCUCAGAGCAAUCUCACACUCAGCAUUCCUCACCCCCUCUUAAUCCCCUAUUUGCUGCAUUGGCAAAGGAAUGGGAGUUUUUACUUUUGUUUAGGUAUCUAGCCCAAAUUCCCAAGUUUUCUGAAAUUUAUGUGAAUGUGGGAAGAACACGGAAGUUAAUAGAAACACAAUUUUCAGACUUAAAAAUCAUGAAAAUCAAAGCCAGUUCAAUUUAAAGAAACCAUGGAUCACUUGGGAAAAUCUUCCAGUCAAAGUGUUCGCAGUAAAAUCAUGUGUUUGCCAAGCUUAUACUGCUGUGCACAUAUAUCAUGGAAACUUCAGUUUUUCUAAUAGUUUUACUAUUUACAAUUCUUUAUCUUUCUGUUUUCUAAAUGCCACUGAGGAACGAAUAAAUUUGAUGUUUAAAACCACAAAGAACACGAAAUUAGCAUUUUCAAAAAAGGAAAAUUUGAGACCUUUGUCCAAAUUCCGAUUUCAAGUGAAAUAAAUUGUU